AAAAAACCAGCUGAUUUAGAAAUGACAAGUGCAGACGAUCAACACACGUCCUGUCGUUCGCAUCGUUAGUUUAGUUCAUUAGUGCUAGGUGUUAAUUUGGACGACUAAUUUAAUUUGCAACUUACAUUAUUUUCAUUUCUAAUUAACAAAUGGAGUUCGAAUCUCGGGACAGUUGUUGUAAUUUGAUUGAUCAAAAUUCAAUCAACAAGACAAAGGUGGACAAACUUUUGCAGAAACUAAAGUUUUUGAUAUUUAGAGAUGUGGAAAAGAAUGAACAGAAAGGAAUAUUUGAAAGAGACACUGUAAAGACAUGUCAAAAUGAAAUCCCAGAAGUUCCAACAGAAAGUUAUGGUAGCAUCGACUCUCUUUCAGCGUUAGACGUAAAACAAUGUGGCUUAUUGAUUCAAAGACUUCAACAAACUCUUAGAGAAGUUCGUGAACAGCAAUUUAAAUGUGAAAUAUUGGUGCCAUGUGGACUUAUAAAGAAAGUAGCCCAGGACAUAGUGUCAAUGUCAUAUUGUGAGCCCUGUGGACUUAGAGGGUGUACGCUGUAUAUAAAUCUGGAAGAGAAGCAGCAAUGUAGACGCUUAGCCAAGCUUUCUUAUGAUCCAAAUACAGUUGAUACUUUUGAAUUGCAUCUUACAUUGAAGGAAGAGACAAGACGUUGGUGCUUCUUCAAAAAACUAUUUAUAUCACUAAGUGGUUGUAUGAAAGAAAUUACAUGGAGUUCAUCGUGGAAACUCUUGUGUUCAUCUUACCGGUUGGAAAAGAAAAAACUGUACAGAAAAAAUUAGAUUCCUAGAACUAUUUUCUGCAUCAAUUGAUAAACUAUUGAGUUGUGAUGUGUUCAAUUUUUUUUUU